AAAGAGGGGAAAAAUGGCCGAUGAUCGAAAUUCUGUGUCUAUGAAGCUGAAAAUAGCGUUUUCAGUGUUUGGUGUUCUGGCUGGUUGUUGUGUGUUCUUUGUAUUUACUUUCUUGUAUCAAAAUUACCAUGCAGGUUUAUGGGCUCUUCUCUCUUGUGCUCUAUCUUCAAUAGUUCUACACCAGCAUCUAUUGUUUAGAAAUAAUCGGUUAGAGCACUGGCACACUAUUCACUCGUUGACUGCACUCAGAAACUUGGGCAUACUAACCUUACUCUGCAGUACAGGAGAUAAAAUGUCGAGCUCAGAGGAUGAAAUUCCAAGGAGGAAGAAAAGCGUAGACGGGGCUCAGUCAAGAUCAAGGUCCCGCAGUAAGGAAGAGGAUGGAAGUGAGGAUGAGGAGGAUGAGUAUGAAGUUGAAGAAAUCAGAGAUAAAAAGUUAAAGAAUGGAACCUGGGUCUACUAUAUUAAAUGGGUUGGCUGGGAGUCUGACACGAAUACAUGGGAACCUAAAGAGCACCUGGAUUGUCCGGAUAAGUUGGAGGAUUUUGAACGAAAAUGGAAACGAAAAGAGGAGAAGAGAGAACAGAGACGACGGGAAGAACGAGAAAGAAAGAUAAAAGACCGAGAAGAACGAGAGAAGAGGCGAGAUGAGAAAUUAGAAAAGAGAAAACUGGAAAGUUCAGAUAGUGAUUCAGAAACAGAAACAAAACCUGUUAAAGUACAGAGCCGAAGAGAAUCCGAGGAUAAACAGAAAGUGAAAGAAAAAGAGAAGAAAGAGGAGAAAGUAAAAAUUAGAAAAAUAGAAUCCAGUCUUUUUAAGACAGACAAAUUGAUGAAGGACAAUAGAAUUGAAAAGGAGCGGAAAAAAGAUGACAGAAAGGAUAAAGAUGACAAAAAGGAGAAGGAGGGGAGGAAGGAGAAGGAUGAAAGAAAGGAGAAAGGAAGGAUGACAAAGGAGAUCCCAGUGAAGAUAUUAGGGAUGACAAAGGAAGCUGGAACCAACUAUUUUAUCGUCAGGUUUCGAACUGAUGAAACUGGAUUAAUGACAAUGUCUGAUGCACAUGAUUUUGUUCCCAAACUCUGCUGUCAGUUCUAUUCUGAGUUUAUAGAAAUAUCAUAGCUCACAAAAAAAAUAUAACUUUCUAAAAAUCAGAUCUCGCUAAAUAUUAUUUUUUCAACGUU